CUCUUCCCCUCGCCGCGGCGCCGCCCUCGCCCGCAAACCCAAACACUCCGGGCUGCCGGUGCGCGUGAUCUCCCUGUGGUCGCUCGGGCCGAGAGAUGCUGCUGCUGGCUGCCGCCGGCCUGGUGGCCUUCGUGCUGCUCCUCUACAUGGUGUCGCCGCUCAUCAGCCCCAAGCCCCUCGCGCUGCCCGGCGCGCACGUCGUGGUCACAGGAGGGUCCAGUGGCAUCGGAAAGUGCAUCGCCAUCGAGUGCUUCAGACAGGGAGCGUUUAUAACUCUGGUCGCACGGAAUGAGGACAAGCUGCUGCAGGCGAAGAAGGAAAUCGAAAAGCACUCUAUUAAUGAUAAACAGGUGGUGCUUUGUAUCUCAGUCGAUGUGUCUCAAGACUAUAACCAAGUGGAGAAUGUCAUAAAACAGGCACAAGAGAAGCUGGGUCCUGUGGACAUGCUGGUCAACUGUGCAGGAAUGUCCCUGUCAGGAAAGUUUGAAGAACUUGAAGUUAGUUCUUUUGAGAAAUUAAUGAGCAUCAAUUACCUGGGCAGCGUGUACCCCAGCAGGGCAGUGAUCGCCACCAUGAAGGAGCGGCGGGUGGGCAGAAUCGUGUUUGUGUCCUCGCAGGCGGGGCAGCUGGGGCUGUUCGGUUUCACAGCCUACUCUUCAUCCAAGUUUGCCAUAAGAGGAUUGGCAGAAGCUCUGCAGAUGGAGGUGAAACCUUAUAACGUCUACGUCACUGUGGCCUACCCGCCGGACACGGACACCCCGGGGUUGGCGGAGGAAAACAAGACUAAGCCCCUGGAGACCCGGCUUAUUUCAGAGACUACAGCUAUUUGCAAACCAGAGCAGGUGGCCAAACAAAUUGUCAAAGAUGCCAUACAAGGAAAUUUUAAUAGUUCCAUUGGCUCAGAUGGGUACAUGCUGUCAUCACUCACCUGUGGGAUGGCCCCGGUGACUUCCAUCACGGAAGGACUCCAGCAGGUGGUCACCAUGGGCCUUUUCCGAACCAUUGCUUUGUUUUACCUGGGAAGUUUUGAUAAUAUAGUUCGCCGCUGCAUGGUGCAGAAAGCAAAACCUGAAACUGUAGACAAAACUGCCUGAUUCUUGCCCCUCGGACAAAAGACUGUAUCCAGUGAUCUGAACGGCUUGCUGCUAAUGGAACUCGGUUUUUGGCCUCGGGACUCUUGUGUCUUGUUUUUGAAUGUGUGAGAUUGGACCCAGCUCUUCAGGAAUCUGGCUGCAAGCAAGGGACGGAGCUGUCUCUACAACAUCACCGUUAACACUAUGCAAACGCGGACCAGGACACCAUUGGGUUUUCUGGGCUUUGAGGCAGAGUGGUGAUCAUGUGAGAACUAGUAACAGGAGAACAGGGUAAAGAAUAGAAUUCCAGGAUGGUAAAUUUGGUUUUUUCAUUUAUCCCCCUCUUUCCCAUAGAGAUCAAGAAGUGUACUUUGUGGCACAUAAGAACUUCUGAGGGUUUCUUUUGCUUUUUGGUUUUAAUUUUUCAUGAAAGAUGGUGUCUGGGUUUUCAUUAGGGUUUUUUUUUUUUUUUUUUGGUUUUUAAUUUUUUUUAGCAUUUUUUUAUUCAAGGUGUGUCUUCCGCAUAGCCAGUGAGUCUGUCUGUCGGCUCCUCUGUGCUGUGUGGUACUCGCUUCUGCUAGUGAAGCUGGCUUCUCUCUCUUUGAUCCCUGUAAUGUGAGGGGGAUGAGAGGGCGGUGCAGAGGAAGGCAAGAGGCUGAGUCCUUCGACAGGCAGGUGGGGCUUUCUUGUCUCCUAAGGCUAAUGCUGAGAACAUUUUUAUUUUUAUUCAUGGAGAAAGGUAGCUUCUUUACAUGUUUUCUGAAUAGAAAUAAAAUCUCAUAGAAGCUUAAAAGUUUGCAGUUUCUUCAGUAGUCACGACGAUCUGAAGUUCACAGUUCCACUCCCGCUCAGUCUCCGUGCUCUUCCCAGCUCUCUUUCUAAUUCUGCUUAUUCUCCUGUAGUAUUUUUGUUAAAAAAAAAAGAAAAAGAAAAAGAAAAAGAAAAAAAGAAAAGAAAAAUGAUGGAUGGAGACAAGCACAGUUUUUUUUUUACUUUUUAAAUUAAUUUAUAAAUUCAUUAAAACAAAAAAUUUAAAAGCAUUCUUAUAUUUUUGGUUGUGAGCCUAAGUCUCUAAUGGCCGAGCCAUUUCUCAGCCCAAAGCAUGCCAUUUUUAUCCUCACAGCACACAUGUAGCUUUUAGGAAGGCAACUGGUUGCAUACUUCUCAGUGAAGUUACUUGUAAAAGAUGAUCAGUUUUGAGCACCCUCAUUUGGGAAGUAAGAUGCUCAGCUGUUCUGUCUCCCGCUGACUCUGAGUAGUGUCUUCCGUGUGUUCCGAGAUCUCUGCUCACGUGCCUCGGGUUGCAGGUCUGCCAUUCAGUGAGGGAAUCUGCGUCAAGUGCCUAUGAUGAGUCUAGUGUGUGUCCCCACUCAUGCUGUUCACUGCCCAGCUCAAGGACAGUUACCUCUGCCUUCAUGUUUCGUCCUGUCCACCUUGCAUUCCAGUUCAUCCCACUGGGAAAUUACCUCUACUUUCAAAGAGAAAAACUUUUUUAACUGUUAAAAAGUAAGUAAAAGACAAAAACAACAACAAAAAGUUAUUGAAAACCUAGAAAUUAUUGUCAUCAGAAACAUUCGGGUUUUGCUUUUCUCUUUUCUUUCCUUCCUUUUUUUUAUUGUGGCCUGGUCUCCUGCCUCAGCCACCUGAGUGCCAGCAGUACAGCCUUGGGCCACCAUAGCCAAUGAGCGAUGUGUGUCUUUGAAUUUUCCAACCCCUGACUUUAUGGUGGCCUAGCUUAUAAUUAACAAGGUAUUUAGUGACUCCCUCUUUAUGAAGACCUGGAAGAACGUAUUUUGAACAUCGUGUGCAUUGCUUGUCAUGAGCUCAUUCUGUGUACAGGAGGAGGCGGACAGUGCCGGAAUGGUUCCGAGACCCCUCCAGUCUGAUCUAGCCAAAGUUUGCAGUUUAUGUGGACAGCUGCUGGGGUGGAUCAGUGGGGUAGAUUCCCGUUCACAGGAAACAACUGCAUCCCUGUCUGAACAAUUUCCAGUUUUAUUUUCUUACAAAUGUUCCCAGACACUUGGCACCUUCUACUACUGUCUGUUAAAAUCUAGUCCAAGAUGGAGUCUGACAAAGUACAAUUAACUUCUUUCACUAUGCUUUCAGACAGUCCUCAGGUAGGGGAUGGCUAUGUGGAUAAUGCCUGAAGUAAACUGAAGAGCCUUGUUUCAUGGUAGGAGAUGCUAACCCUUCCCAUCUUAGACUCAGGUUUGCAGAUCAUGAUGCCACGGCAUGAGUCUUCGGCCAACAUGUUAGAGGCCCCAACACCCUCGCUCAGAAAAGUUCAGCAUGCACUUUAUUUUUUCUUCUGAGUUGAUACCAUGAUUCAUGUCAGCUGAACUUGAACUUGUUGUGAGUAUUGUAGUUUUUAUUCAGUCUCACGUGCCCGCUUGUUAACUUCACCAGACUCCAGGCAAAUGUCGUGUGUAUCAGUGUGUGUUCCGCAUUACCUUUGAAAAGUCCAGCAGAUGGUGAACUUUGAAACACAGGUGUGGAAUGCCACAUUUAAGCAGUGUCCCACAAAACUGUGAUUUCAUCCCAGAUGUGGAAAUACUACAUUUUUCUGCUCAGAAAAGAAUGGAUUAGUGGGAGAGAGUUCAAUUGUUAGGGAAAUUAUCGGCUUUUUUCCCCCUGAGAGUUGGAAAUUCUCUACCACGUGUUAAGGCAGAGUCCCACCACUGAGGACUGAACGCAGCGCUAGGCUUACAGUUCUGCUGUGGUGUUUCCUCUGAGUGACCAAGAGCCUGUGGGGUUUCAGCUCCGAAUGCCUGCUCUGCUCGGCUGUGUUGAAUUGUUUUAUUGUAAUAUAUCCUAUGUUUGUUGAAAAUAAAUGUCACUCUGCUGUAUUAAUUCCAACAUAAUUUAGGGAUCCUUCAUAAUUGAGAAUGAAUAGGAAACAAUCUUCAUUUAUUUAUUUAAAAAAAAGAAAAAGAGUCACAGCCUAAGGAAGUGAUUGCCUAACACAUUUGAGGACCUGGGUCUGAUUCCUCAGCUCAGUCCAAAAACAUCCUUUGUUAAAGUUAUUACCUCCUAUAGUUUUAAAUUUUAAUAAUUUGCAAAGUUGAUUAUUUAUAAUGUUGUGGUCUCUUUCCAUUAAUACUUACAUAUAAUUGAGUGGUAUAUGUUUAUCUGGAUCUGUUAAAUCAUAUAUCGAUUCCUGAAAGAGAAACUUUAGAUGACUUUCUGAUAGAAGAUGAGAACAUUUCUAUAACAGUUGCUUCAAUUCAAACAAUUAUACGCAUUUGUUUCAAUGAGUUAUGUCAUCAUAUUUGAAUUUAUUAUAGUGUGUUCCCUUUGAAACAUGUCAUACUCAAGGCCACAGUUAAUAUUCAUACUUUUUGCCAGCAGAUGCGCUGUGUCUUUCUUAUCUCCCUUAGUCUCUGGAUCCCAGCUUUAGGAAGCCGCUGCUGACUGUCACCCUCCAGCUCUGGACUGGGUCCUGCUGUUCUGAUCUUGCUGGUUUAAUGGAAGACUGGGUUUGGUGUUUGGAAAGGAGAGAGUUGCCAUUAUAUUUUAUACUUGUUUGAGGUGAGAACUCCUGAGACAUUUUUACACUGACAAAGACCACAUGGCUAUUUUGAUAUUUAGGAAAGGGUUGCUGCUUUAGACGCUUUUGUGGCAUUACUGUAACAGAAUUUUCAUACCUUGUAUUUCUGAAUUACACACACAAAAUAAAUGGGGAACAAGCUUUA